ACGCUCAUCAGAUAUUCAAUGUCUCACCAUCACAUGAAGAUCACACUUGAACACUUUAACUAAGGAAACAGCCACAGAAAGUGAAUAUCAGUGGAAGUAGAUCCCUCUACAUCUGCUGUGCUGCUUUUUUGUUUAGGAAAAACUUUUAUAUUUAAACAAAAAAACAACUUUUUUGGAAGUACUUUGGACCACAUUACAGCUGCAUGCGGAGGCAAGCAGCUCUGGAGCGAUGUCAUCUCUACUUUCUCACAACAAAGAUCAGCCACGCAUCAGAAAGUCGCUCUCUGACUCCUCUCCAACUUCAUCCACUGCCACCACCAAGAGCCUGAGGCACGAGAGACUGUCUAGAUUGAGCUCGUCUGGAUCCUCUGACGUCAACGACAAGUCAACAAACCACGCUGAGUCGUACUUCUUACGGCGGGAGAACAGAUUGUCUGCAAAGAAAAGGGCAGAAGAAGAGUCAGCAAACAGUGACUAUAAAAAGAUGUAUGAAAAAGCACUGGCCACCAAUCAAAGGCUCAAGUCCAAGUUGGAAACAAGUAAACAGGAACUGGCUGUGAUUCAGGACCAGCUGCAGAGAGCACAGAAGGGAAAAGCAGAAGAUUGUGGCUUCAACAUGCUCGAGACAGAAAAGAAGGAAAGUUGGAGUCUAAAAAAGAGGAUAUCAGAUAUGGAAGAACAGUUGAAGGUGAAACAAGAGCUGAAGAUGGAGAACCAGAGACUGAAGGACGAGAACGGAGCUUUAAUCCGCGUCAUCAGUAAACUGUCCAAGUGAGACUCAAAGCAGAAAGGAUGAAAGGAAGAGGGACGGAUACCAGAAGCCAUAUCUACACCUGCAUUCAUCCUCCGACAGAAUGUUUGUACAUAGUUUUCCAGUCAUGUUGGAAACUGCUGAGUACAUGUGCAGGGAUACAAACACAUUUUACAUCAGAUGUGAAAGCUUCACGUUACUGUACUGCAUCUAAAGUAGUAGCACAUUAAAUUAAAAUUGUAUAUUCAUAAAAUAUUUCUACAUAAAGACAAAUGGCGACAC